UCCUCCCCAUCCGCGUCCACCUCGUAUCCUGUUUCAGGUCUAGCGAACUAACGGGGUGGCACAUAUGGCCAUUGCCUUGGUUGAGGUGUUUUCUGUAGUUUCCUUUGUUUACCUCAGUUCCUCCGAUAUGCGGUCAAAACGCUUUUUCUGAGUAAGGACGUUACCAUUUCCCCCCUCGCGCACUCUCACCUUGAUGAGAAGUCGGAAGAAUGAUCGCAUCCUUGUCUAAAGGAAAUCUGCUUGACGUGCUGCAGGAGGGUCCUAAUGAGCAGCAACUGGCUGCCUAUGUGUCUUGGGUUAAUGCACAGCUGAGGAAGAAGCCUGGACUGAAACCUGUGAGUGAUCUACGACAGGAUCUCAGAGAUGGUGUGGUCCUAGCACACCUCAUUGAGAUAGUGGCUGGUGAGCUGCUGGAUGGCAUUCAUUAUGUGCCACGGGACGAUCAGGAGAAGAAGCAGAAUGUGGAGAAGGUUCUGCAGUUUGUGUCAUCCAAGCGGAUCAGGAUGCCACAGACGUCUGCCAGGGACAUUGUGGAGGGGAACCUGAAAUCCGCCAUGAGGCUCAUCCUCGCUCUGGCUGCACAUUUUAAACCCUCCGCAUCAGCCAGUCACAGAGCUGGAGCUAGUGUAGGCAGGAGUUCCACUGGCUCCUCGGCCAAUCACAGGCCUCAUUCCACCAUGGCCAUGGCCCAGAAUGCAGCAGCAGCACUGGCAGCAGCCAGGCAGGAUGCCGCACGCCCUGGCCGCUCCGUCUUCCAUCUAAGACAAGAAUGGAGUCGUGGCUGCAGUAGUGAGGAGGACAGUGAGAACCCCUGCUGGAGUGUCCGAGCAUUGGUCCAGCAAUAUGAGGGACAGAAGGAGUCAUUUGAAGAGGAGACAGAAGCUAGAUCUACUGGCCUCAGUUCACAGAGCCCCACCCACAGUCCCAAAGGAUCCAUCAGCCUAUCAGACGUGAAGGCAGGACUGUUAGACACCUUGUCCAGGGAGAAAACUAUUAAAUCAGAUGACACGGUGAAAUUGGCCCUGUGUGACCAGGCCAUUGUCUCGGGGCAUGAUGGUCUAGCUGGUGACUGCACCUGGGAGGACAAACUGUGUGAGCAACAGGAACAGCUGGAGAAGGAGAUGAAGGAGGCACGGACAAUGGUGUCCAGCCUACAGGCUCUCCUUCUGCACGGUUCAUUACCUGAGGAUGAGCAGGAGGUGACGCUUAGCCUGGGUGAGGGAGUUGAAAAUGCAGAGCAGCAACUGGUUGUAAUACGAAGUCGUCUGGACCAGAGCAUGGAGGAGAGUCAAGAUCUAAAGAGGGAGCUAUUGAGGUUCAAACAGGAGGCUCGCAACCUGCAAGGAGUGAAAGAUGCUCUUCAGCAGCGUAUGGCUGUGCAGGAGUCCUCAGUCCUGCAGCUCAAACAGGAACUCCUGCGCACCAGUAUGGCCAAAGAUGAGCUGGCAGGACAAAAUGCUGAGCUACAGAGGAAGCUAGAGGAGAGGAGCAGACUUCUCAGUGAAUAUAAGAAAGAACUGGGCCAAAAAGAUCGACUUCUGCAGCAGCAACAGCAGAAGCUGGAUGAGGCACUGCGCAAGCUGACAGACAGCAGCAGCCAGCAGGCUUGCCUGCAGAGGGAGCUGGAGCACAAGGAGAGUAUUCUCAAAGAGUUAAUGAGCCAUGAGACAGAGCUUCCUGGCUCGCAAAACAACGGCUACUCACACCCACCGCCGGUCACAACAUCAAAACCACACCAUGGGGCCGAGGAGCUCCAGUUAGUAAGAGAUGCUCUGCGGAGUCUGAGGAACAGCUUUGGAGGUCACGACCCUCAGCAUCACACUCUGGACACUCUUGAGCAAGGUGUGGCCAGCCUGAUGGAUCGCCUCUGUGACCUGGAAACACGCCACAAACAGGAGAGGAGGAACCGAGGCAAAUCUCCAGGACAUAAAGCAUCUCACUCAGAUGGAGACUCCUGGCCUCCUACUUCAAAAAUUGCCCAUUCUCACAGCAGCCCUGCGCUAAACUCCUCAGCGUGCACCAAAGUCCUGUACUUUACUGACCGCUCACUCACGCCAUUCAUGAUCAACAUCGCCAAGAGGCUGGGGGAGGUUACCUUGCGAGACUUCAAGGAUGCCGUAGAUCGAGAAGGCAAUUAUCGGUACCAUUUUAAAGCACUGGAUCCAGAGUUUGGCACUGUGAAGGAAGAGGUUUUCCAGGAUGAUGCAGUGGUGCCUGGCUGGGAAGGGAAGAUCGUGGCCUGGGUAGAGGAGGAUCAUGGGCAAAUAGGGUACUGCGUGCACCUACGCAGCUGGCAUCCACAUCUGUUUCUCACCAUUUUAAGCUCAUUCUCUCUUUCUUUCCUCCACAGGACCUAA